AUGGAUCAAAACUUAAGGCCUGAAAAGGCUCAGAAUGAGGCGGACACCAAUAACGCAGACGUGUUCUUCCACUCCCACUCAUCCCCCGGAGGCCAGGGCCACAGGCCAGGCCACCGUGGAUCUCACCACCAUCACAAGUCACAUCAUGGCGUGCCACACCAUCGUGAUGAAUCUCGCCACCCUCCAGAGUUCCAAGACUUCCACAGCCGUGCCUCCUCCUCCCAUGUCCCCCAGUCUUACCGCCACAACGAGUCGCGGAAUCAUGGCAGGACCCACGGCCCCACAGGCUUCGGCCUGGCUCCCCCUCAAGGCGCCGCCCCCUCCCAGCAUCCCUAUGCUGAGGACUACCUUGAUGGCAGGAGGCUUUCUGACGUGUCCCAAUACAGUGGGUCCCAGCAGCAGAGUGACUCCCGCUACCACAGGGGGUCCCAUCACCAGGGCAGACAGCACUAUCUCAGUGAGAAUUUGUCCCGCCAUUCCUCUGGCAUGCCCCACCAACGCAGUGAGGCUUCCCACCGUGAUGGGUCCUAUCUGCCCCAUGGACCUGUUGCCUACAGUGAGUCCUUCCACCAAAAUGAGGCUUUCGACAUUAGCGGGAUCCAACCUGACGGGACCCACCAUCGCCAAGCCCACCAACGUGGCUGGCCCCACCAUCACCAAGUCCAACAGCAUGGAAGGCCUCCUCAUCACGGAGAGGCCCUUUCCCAACCUUCCUUUGUGGGUACACCUGACUAUCACGGCGAGUACCGCCAAGGUGAUCGCCACCCUGGUGAGCACCACCGCGAUGGGCAUCCCCACCACUCACAGCACCACCACCACCGGACCCACCAGCACCAAGACCACCUCCACCACCGAGACCACCACCACGGCGCACAUCAGUCCAGUUACCCCCGCAGCGACUACCAGUAUAGGGACUACGUCCAGAGCCUUUCCCAGCUCUCCAUUCCACAGCAGGAUGCCCUCAGCCCUGGUGCUUCUCAUGCAGGAGCGUUCCCCUCUCAUGGGGUACACCCAAGGGGCUUGGCCCGCAGCAUGAUUCCAUCCGCCACUGCAAUCCACUCACAUGCCAACCAGAUGUCCAAAAAACUCCAUCCCCAGAUUUUCUCCACCAAAGACUCAGAAAGCUGGGGCAAAGGAGAGGGGCGAUCUCGGAAACGCAAAAUUGGCCAGCUCCAGCGGACCCACAAGAAGGGACAGUCUACCAAUCUCUUACAGUGGCUGUGGGAAAAGUUAAGCCAUCUCAUUCAUGGCUUCCGGGAAAUGAUCCGGUCGCUUACCCAAUCCCUGGCCUUUGAAACCUUCAUCUUCUUCAUCGUCUGCCUGAACACCAUCAUGCUGCUGGCCCAGACCUUUGCAGAAGUCGAGAUCCGGGGUGAGUGGUACUUCAUGGCCUUGGACUCCAUCUUCUUCUGCAUCUAUGUGUUGGAAGCCCUGCUCAAGAUCAUUGCCCUGGGCCUCUCGUACUUCCACGACUUCUGGAACAAUCUGGACUUCUUCAUCAUGGGCAUGGCCGCAUUGGACUUCGGGCUGAUGCUAACCCACUCCUUCGCCAUCUACCACCAAAGCCUCUUCCGGAUCAUCAAGGUCUUCAAGAGCCUUCGGGUCCUGAGGGCCAUCCGGGUCUUGCGGAGGCUCAGCUUCUUGAACAGUGUCCAGGAAGUGACAGGGACCCUGGGCCAGUCCUUGCCAUCCAUCACAGCCAUCCUCAUCCUCAUGUUUACCUGCCUCUUCCUCUUCUCCGUGGUCCUCCGAGCACUGUUCCGCAGAUCAGACCCCAGGCGAUUCCAGAACAUCUUCACCACCAUCUUCACCCUCUUCACCUUGCUCACGCUGGAUGACUGGUCCCUCAUCUACAUGGACAGCCGUGCCCAGGGCGCCUGGUACAUCAUUCCCAUCCUCAUGAUUUACAUCAUCAUCCAGUACUUCAUCUUCCUCAACCUGCUGAUUGCUGUCCUGGUGGAUAACUUCCAGAUGGCACUGCUGAAAGUCCCCGAAAAAGUGAAACAGGAGAAGGCUACCCGGAUCCAGAAGAAUCUGCUGGAAGACUCACUGACAGAGCUCAAAGCUGCAGAGCCCAAAGAGGUGUUGAGUGAAGGCACCAUGCUGAAGCGACUCAUCGAGAAGAAGUUUGGGACCAUGACUCAGAAGCAGCAGGAGUUCCUGUUCCUCUACCUGCAGCUAGUGGCGAGCGUGGAGCAGCAUCAGCAGAAGUUCCGCUCCCAGGCAGCCAUCGUCGAUGAGAUUGUGGACACCACAUUUGAGGUUGGAGAAGAGGACUUCAGGAACUGA